AUUUGCCCAAUCUUAUGAACCAUUAGAUUUCUCAAUUUCACUCUCCCUUUUCUCCUAACAUAAAAUACAGAUUUUGUUUUUACUAUAGGACAUAGUAUUUGUUGCUAUUUCAUAAAGUAACAUGUUAAAUAAUCAUAGUUAACAAUCAUCAUUACUUCAAGUUCAUCAUGAUGUCAACUAAUAUGUAUGUAAUCACGUAUGUAUCCCUUUGUGUAUAUAUAUGUCAUAAGUCAGUUUUUGAGGAUAUUAUAUAAGUUUUGUUUUAAAAAACAAAACAAAACAAAUGAAUAAAUGAAUGGUGACUUUUAACUUAAUAACUUGGAUAUAAAAUACAUUUAUUUACAGUAUUUUUAUUCUUCAAUUAAAUAAUCAUCAUCACAAAUAAUAUGAUAUAAUAAGUUUGAUUACUCAAUUGGACAAAGUUCAUCUUUAUUGAUUUUGUUUACUUUGAGAACAGUGUAAAAUAAUACACAAUCACUCUCUCUUUCACACACACAUAUAUAUAUAUAUAUAUUCUUCAAUGUUCACUUAUGAUAUCAGUUCAUUUUACGUGAACUAAUGAAUAGUGUAUUAGAAUUUAACGAAUAAUUCAUUCAAUCGAUUCAUAACCAAUUAUUCAUUGAUUUUGGUCAUUCUCUUUGAAUGGCACUAACAAGUGUUGUAACUCCUUAUAAAGUCGGAAUGUCAGGUGAUAUCAUACCAAAUAAUUUCGAUAUGAUACCUUAUUCCACUUUUCAUACAGCUUUAUUACCACAUCCAAAUCCAUUAGGACCUGGAAAUCUAUCAAAUAUUUCAACAGGUUUAAUGCUUACAGCACAACAACCAACUGGACAAAAUCCUUAUUGUCCACCAAUAACUCUUACUAAUGGAUAUUAUACAAAUGUUAGUUAUCCACAUAAUGCAGAAUCGUUUUGUUAUGUACAACCAAAUGAUGCUAAUUCAAUAUUAAAUGCAUAUCAUACAUAUCCUACAUCAAUAAAUUUACCAUUACAUGCAACAAAUAUAACAUGUGAUAAGUUAUAUACAUCUAAUAAUCAUAUAAAUAGUAACAAUCAUAAUAAUAACAAUCAUAAUCAUAUUACUGCACAGAAUCCAUUACUUUCAACAAUAAAUACAAAUCAUAUUACUAUAAAUAAUAAUUAUAAUGAUAAAAAUGAAUUAAGCAAGAGAUUAGAAAUGAUAGCGGUUGAAAAAUCUAAUACAUUAUUAGAUGAAUCAUCACAAGGACUAAUUGAUAAAUCAACUAUAUUAUCAUCAUUGUCAUCUACAUCUACAUCAACAACUACAACAAUUAUUACACAUGGUGAAAAUGGAAAUGUUCAACAGAAUACAUCAUUAUUGGUACUACGAUUAUUGAUGUCUGGAAAAGAAGUUGGCAGUAUCAUCGGCAAAAGGGGAGAAAAUGUGAGAAAAUAUAGAGAGGAAAGUGGAGCCAGAAUUAAUAUAUCAGAUGGAUCUAGUCCAGAAAGAAUUGUCACUAUUACUGGAACAACAGAACAAAUUUAUGUUGCAUUUACACUAAUGAGUCGUAAAUUUGAAGAUGAUUUUACACAAGGUUUAUUACGAAUGGGUGAUGAAACAGUCAAUUGUCCUCCAGUGACCAUACGUUUAUUAGUUCCAGUAGCUCAAUGUGGUUCAAUAAUCGGUAAAGGAGGAUCCAAGAUUAAAGAUGUUCGUGAGUUAACUGGUGCAUCAAUUCAAGUUGCUAGUGAAGCUUUGCCGACAUCCACAGAAAGAACAGUUACAAUAUCAGGUACAGCGGAGGCAAUUUCCAAAUGUAUUCGAUUAUUGUGUGAUAUAUUUUUAGAGUGCCCAAAUAAAGGUCCGGUCAUUCUUUAUCGACCAAAACCCGUGAUUGGUAAUCCAGGAUUAAUAUGUCCUGCCACUACAUUUUCAUCUGGUUUACUGCAUUCAAACUUGUCUGGACUUCCACUUUCAGUGUGCGAGAAUUCACAUGAAUCAGGAUAUACUACACCAAUGUUAACAUCAGCCUCGUUAUUAUCAAACGAAGUGAACUCUGUUAGUCCAACUACUUUAAAUAGAACUUAUACAAACCAGUUUGGGAUACCGUCUGGUAUUUUAUCUGGAGGAACUGGAGUAUCUGGUUCAUGUAAUGUUGGAUGUAGUGUUAAUAAUACAUCUAUUGUACCUAAUCUACCUACAGCAAAUACUAUUCAAUCUCCUCUAACAGUAAUUGGUUCUGGUCGACCAGUUAGUCAAAUGUCAGAUCUCAUUUCAGAUCAAGUUCAUUUGUUUGCUACAUUGAAUCAACUAGAUUUAGCUAACUUUCAAUCAUAUUUUUCAUCGAUUUUGGCUCCAUUACCAAAUACAAAUCCAAUUGCAACUGGGAUGCAUUCCAUUGGACAACCUUUGAAUAUGCCAGAAAUAGCUCUUACUCCUGGUAUACUUGGUUGUUACCCAACUCCAACAGCUGCUGCUUUACCAAUUGUUGGUUCACCUAAUAACUAUAUGUUUUCUUCACCUACAGCUCUUCUUAAAAUAUCAAAUAGACUGCCUGAAGAUCAAUUUACAACAUCAACAUCUAAUAGUCUUAGUGAUAUAAUUGUUAAUCAAUCUGAUAUAUGCAUGAAUAAUAAUAGUAACAAUGCAUCACCAAAUAAUUUAUCCAUCUGUAAUGGUUCAUUACCUAUUGACUCAAAUAAUAAUUAUACAUCACUUUCAACUCCAAUAGAUCCCAUAAAAUCAAUUUGUGGUCUACAGAAUACAGCAUCUUUACUUGGUCUUCCAUCCCUGUCAAUCAAUACAAUUUUAAAUCCUCAACAACAAAAUUCAUUAUUUUCUUUGGCUAAUACAGAAGAGAGUAUUAUUGUCCGAGAGAUGAUUAUUUCUAAUGAUGUAAUCGGUUGUAUUAUUGGACGUGGUGGUACAACAAUCAAUGAAAUUAGAAAUGCAUCUAAAGCACAAAUCAAAAUAUCCAACUGUGAAGAUGGUGCAAAAGAGAGAAAAAUAACAGUUUCUGGAAAGUUGGAUUCAGUAAAUUUAGCUCAAUUUCUUAUAAACAGCAGGAUUUCCGCGGAAUUAUUGGCCGGUAUGAUUGCCUUUGUCAAUUAUUAACAUACAAUGAAAAUCUGAUACUAUCACCUUUUAUUUACAGUAACAUACGCAUAUAUAUAUACAAUGCGCAUAGACAUUCAUAGAUGAAGAGAUUAUUCAAUAGUACUGAAUGUCUCAUUAACAUAGUAUAUAUUAUAAUAUUUGAAACAAACAUAAUUGAUUCCAUUCAAAUUUUUUUUAAUUUUAAAACAAUAUAUACAUAGCAACAAUCUUGCACAGUAGUUUCACGAUAGUGUUAUUAGACAAGUACAUAUAUUAUACAACAAACAACACAACUUACAAUAGGAUGCCAUAUUUGUUAAUUUGAUUUCUUCAUAAUUUUGAACAUUAUAGUAUAAAAUAGAAAGAAAAAACAAAACAAAAACCAUGGUGAAUUGUGCAUGAAGUCUUUGAUUACUUUUAUGAAAUAAAAGAAUUCUAUUGUUUUCACUUGAAUUGAUUACAUAAUAUUUCAAUAUUAUUCAUUGUGUAAUGAUCAAAUAAAUUGUCAUUUAAAUGUAUAGUCAUUCUGUAUACAAUUUAUUUGACAGAAGGAUCGUAAUUAUUAAAAACAAAACAAAACAAGACAAACAACACACACACACACAAAACAAACCUGUUUAUCUCUAUCUUUCAUUUGUUAAUUCUCAUUAGAAUGAUGAUACUUAUCAAGUGCCUUUUUUCUUUUUGUAAUCAAUUUCAUCAACAGAUUAAUGAUAUCGAUUAGAUCAAUCAAACCAACACUUAAAUAAACUGAUCAUUUUGUUGUGCGUUUUUUUGUUUUUUUCCUGUAUAAUUAAUCAAUAAUCAAUAAUAUAGGUCAAUUAAAGUGAUACUGAUUAAGUGUCAUGACAUCAAUAAUCAUGUUAUAAAAACAUGUUUAUGAAAAUGAGAUAAAAUAUAAAACUUCUAAUAACAACAAUAACAAUAAUGGAGUAUUAUUUUGGUUGUUAAGUUUUUAAUAUAAUUAAAGUAAUUGCCAUUAUGAUGAUGGUUAUUUUCUUUUCAGAAAUCAACAGAUUUAAAUUAUUUACAAAUUAAAACAACAUAGAUCAUCUGUUGAUAACUAGAUUUUCUUUUCUUUUCUUUUCUCUUUCUUUUUUUUAUUUCAAAUAAAUAAAUAAAUAAAUAGAAUGUAAUGUGUUUAUAUGGAAUAAUUUCUUAAUUACUUCACUAUUAACAACAAGAAUAAUAAGUAACUAAUUAAAUGAUUCAUUAAUUCAUUCGUUGAUUAAGUAGCUAGAUAAGUUGUUCAUAGGCUUGAAUGUAUAUUCUUACCUUUCUUUUUUUGUUUAUCCCCUCUUUCUUUUUGUCAUUUGUUGUGUUCUCUUAAUUUCAUUGAAAACAAAAUCGAUUGAUUGACGAGUUGUCAAUUAGCUAGUAAC